AUGGACGACGAGAUCAAAGCGGUUGAAAGGCAAUGCUACAAAGAGGCGGGGCAUCCUUUUCAGAUCACCAGUUAUAUUCAGCUUAGACAGGUUCUGUUUGAUGAGCUGAAGCUUGAUGAGCUAUGCCCUGGUCAAAAACUCCAAAGAACGAAUGUUCAGAAUCUCAAGUCAACAUCAGAAGCUGUGUUACACAAAUUGAAGAGCCUGCAUCCUUUGCCUGAGCUUGUCCUGAACCAUCGGCAGCUUGUGAAACUUAAAUCAACCUAUAUAGAUGGACUCUCUGAUUGUGUGUCUGGGGGCUAUGUCCACACCAGUUGGGAGCAAACUUCAGCUGCCUCAGGGCGACUCCAGUCAGCAAACCCAAAUAUUCAGAACAUUCCUAAGCAGCCUUUCAAAUUACACAAAGGCACAGGUGGGUCUGUGGCAGAUGGCCCUACCCUGUGGAUGAGAGAACCAUUCUACCCACAAGAUGGUUGGUCAUUCAUUGCUGCUGAUUUCCAGUCAAUCGAGCUGAGAAUCUUAGCACACCUCUCACAGGAUCCCGUUCUCUUGAAAGUCUUCAAUGAUGCUGGCAGUACCGAUAUCUUUGUUCAACUAACCUGUGAAUGGCUUGGAGUGAGCCAAGAUGAUGUGAAGACUACAGACCGAGAAAGAACCAAACGCAUUGUCUACUCUGUUGUAUAUGGUGUGGGGGCUGAACGCUUGGCAGAAACCCUUAAUGACACAAAGGAAAAUGCAAAAGCAUUCACCAAGAGUUUCUUGGGGAAAUUCAAAGGAGUGAAUUCUUUCGCUCAACGCUGCAUCUCAGAGUGCCAGAGACAUGGACACGUGAGGACCAUCUUUCACCGGCAUCGACUCAUCUCUAACAUCAACUCGUUGAACUUCCAUGCAAGGUCUCAUGCAGAGAGGCAAGCCGUCAACUUUGUGAUACAAGGCUCAGCUGCUGACAUCUGUAAGCUUGCUAUGAUCAACGUCAUGAAAGUAUUAUCAGAAAGGAACAGUAUUAGAGCAAGAUUACUUGUCCAGAUCCACGAUGAGCUUCUGUUUGAAGUCCGUGAUGAAGAUAUUGAUGAAGUAAAAGGCAUUUUGAAGAGUGUCAUGGAGGCUGCUCCAACAUUGGGAGACUUCAUGUGUAGGUUGAAGGUCCCUCUUCCAGUUUCUCUAAGCAUUGGAAAGACUUGGGGUCAUCUCAAACAAGUGUGA